UUAAAGUUAUUCAAGGUUAUUUUGAUGAUGGUUGUAAUUUCUUAACCUUAGAUAUAUUUCAAACCACUUACAAUCUCGAAAAAGUAUGUGUAAUGAAAUAUAAUAGCAUUAUAACAGUAAUUUCAAAAUACUUAAAAUCUUUGUCUAUUGACAGACAUUCAACCAAAAGAAUCCUUAAUCCAUGUAUGCCAAUAUUUUUUUAACCUGUUUUGUUACAUGAAAAAUGCUCCAAAAUCAUUUACAAUCUUUUGAAUGAAAAAGAGGAUAUCCCAACUUCUGUAGGCAAGUGGAAGGCUGAAUUAAUUCAACAUGGAGUAAAUGAUUUUUCUGUGCAAAGUGUGUUUAAGAUUUUUUUCAAAACAACAACUGAUUCUUCAGCUCAAUGGCUACAGUUUAGAAUUUUACACAGAAUCCUUCCUGUUGGGUAUUAUCUUAAGAAACUUAAUGUUAAAACAUGUGACUGUUGUAGAUUUUGUACAAAAAAUGUAGAAACAAUGAUACAUAUUUUUACUUCAUGUGAUAUAAUCCAAACAUUGUGGAGUGAGUUGAGUCUUCAUAUAUACAGAAAGACUUCAGAAAGAGUUGGUUUUAAUGUGUCCAAUAUCAUAUUAGGUGAAUUUCCAUUGUCUUUUAAUAACAAAGUUAUUAAUUUUAUAAUCCUAUAUGUCAAACAAUACAUAUUAACUUGUUUAAUGCAGAAUAAAGAACAAAACUUGGUUGGAUUAUUAUGUCAUCCAAGGUGAAGAUAACGAACAGUGAUCAAUCUCAUAACUCCUACAAGCAAUACAAAAUAGAUAGUUGGGCAAACACGGACCCAUGGACACACCAGAGGUGGGAUCAGGUGCCUAGGAGGAGUAAGCAUCCCCUGUUGACCGGUCACACCCGCCGUGAGCCCCAUAUCCUGAUCAGGUAAACGGAGUUAUCCGCAGUCAAAUCAGUGUGCCAAGAACGGCUUAACAAUCGGUAUGAAACACGUCAGACAGCAUUUGACCCAAUGCGAGGUUGUAUUGACGAACUAGAUCGUUAUAACGACCAUAGAAUUUACGAAAUCUAAGGUUUAAAUACCAUGUGGCAAAAUAUGCUGCAAUCCAAAAGCUUAAAAUGUACAGCUUUGAUAAAAUGUGGACCAGAUGGAAGUUUAUUUUUGAUUGAUUUGUUUUUUACUAGCUACUUUUCACUUGUGUUUGUCGAGGUUUUUUUCUUCUUCUCUUUUUUCCUGAUUGUUUGGGGGUUUUUUUUGUACAGCAAGUAACCAUAAUUCUAUUAAUGAAUGAAUCAGUGUGAGAGGGUAGUAUAUGUAUGUGUAUAUGUGACAAAAAUCGAAUAAAUAAAUUUUUAAAAAAAUUGUCAACGCACGACGGACGAAGAAAAAAAUAAUUGCAAUAGGUAGUCUGAGUUUACUCAGGUGACCUAAAAAUGGUAAAAUUUGACGAUUUUGACUAUUCUCAUUUCCACGUUCCAAUAUUUCAAAUAAAUUAACUGCUCGGGUGUUCAUUUACAAUCUAUGGUAAAUAUAUAUUCUUUAAAUCUAACUGACGAAUUCUAAUUCUAUAUGAAAGCGAGUUUUUGUCUUUCGUAUCUACCCACUCGUAGGCAUGCGCACUUUUCUCGUCUUGCCCACCCAUCGUCUUUAUUUAUAUGCGGAAAAGAUUACUUACCGAGGCCGAGCAAUCGAAGUUCACCUGUCCAUACGUCUCUCGCAUUACUACAAUUUGUACGCCUUAUCUAUAUCUAGUAUAAUUUCCGCAAGUUUCUUCCUUUUUCAAAAUAUUAUUUCCUAUUUAUUAGAACAACCAGGACUUAUAUUCAUUGAAUUGCUUGUUUUGAAUUUUCCAAAGACAAAUAAUUUGAACUAUAUUCUCACAGUAAAAGGAAAAUUACAAAGAAAUCCUGAAAUGGAUAACGAAAUUACAAGAACGCCAAAUUUCUUUGUGACUCUUAAAAAUGUAGUGGUAGAAAUAUUAACAGUAGGGAAUACAAAACAUCCAUCCGACCGUUCCGGGAAAAAUCGAUCCGAUGGGAGCGUAUCCUGUAUUAUUUUCGUGACGAGUUGGAUAGGAUUCUUUUUCCCAGUCUUAGAAGAUUACGAUAUUCCAGUGGCCUCGAACUAUGGCGCAUAUUUUGUUCUUCAAUCAGUCUUUGGAUGUUUGAGCCUUUUUUCCACUAUUGGGUGGGUAAAUCUUCUUGUAGUCUCUAGAUCACAGGCAGAUAUUUAUCUAGAUAGUUCGACUUCUAAGACUGAUCCCGCGGCACAAAUGAUGUAUGGUAUACUAAUUUGCUUCACCAUUGGAAUAACUAUUAUUGAAGGAUUAAAUUCCCUCCUGGAUUUGAUAUGCUAUCAAAAGUUUCUGGAUUAUCAUUACCUAUGCACAGUCAUCAACCGUAUCUUAGAAACAUUGUUUUGUAUUACACAGACAUUGGCUUUAAUAUUUUUGACCGGAAGCAAAUUUCAAAAUCAUUUGAAAGUUAAGUAUAUUUUGUCUGUAGCAUUGCUUACUAAUGGCGUCAUGUGGAUGUACACCAGUUUAAGGAUUGCGAAGGACCCUCAGAUUAAUCGUUUUAUGAAUGAUACAAGUACAUCAGCGAUAAUUUCGUGCUACUGGAAUUCAUCAAUAUACCAAAACGUUCUACAGCCUACCAGAGAAAUAUCUUUGUACAUUCAUUUAGAAUACUUCACCUUUUGCGUUGGUUUAACGGCUAGCAUAUUACCAUCAAGUUUAGAAUUACCAGAAAGACAGGAAGGGGAUACUCCGGAACCUGAAGGAAGCUUACGUAAUGGACGAUAUCACGACAAGAUUCCCGAUAUGAUGAAAGGAUCUCCGUAAAGUCCUACAAGAAAAUCAGGCGCAUCGCUCUAUACCUUUCCACGGGUAAUCUACUCCUUUGGAUAUACCAUGGAUGUAUCACAAGAACAAACAUAUUAUAUACGCCAGAAAUCAAUCAAGUGAUUAUCUCCCUUUUAACCAUGUAUAGGUUCUUAUCUUUCAUUGAUUUCUAUAGAAUAUAUCGUCUUGGAAAAUCAUGAACAAUUUUAUCCCAGUGAGCUUGAAAUUCUUCCACAUCUGCUUUAUGCUUGGAUAUUUUAUUGAACACAGACGUUAACGACAAAUUAAUAACUUAACUUUACUACAGACAGAAUGACUUUAUCUUCUGAUGUAGCAAUAUUCCAUUAUCACCUACAGAUGGUGUUGACAUAUGUCUCUCAACUGGUUCGGUAUAGUCUCUAUCCUCAUUAUGUCAUUUUCUAAACGGAGAGAGGAUACCGCUAAACAAGUUGAUGUUACAGGGGUUUCAACAGUCUCCUUUAAAGUCAGUAUCUCGCAAAUUCCACGGUCGUUAUAAUGAUCCUACUACUUCAUUUGUAAUUACACCCUGUAAUUACAUGUAGCUUGAGUGCCGCCUGUAGUAUGCAAGGUGAAGAUAACGAACAGUGAUCAAUCUCAUAACUCCUACAAGCAAUACAAAAUAGAUAGUUGGGCAAACACGGACCCCUGGACACACCAGAGGUGGGAUAAGGUGCCUAGGAGGAGUAAGCAUCCCCUGUUGUAUUUCAUACCGAUUGUUAGGCCAUUCUGUACAAUUUGAUUUGACUACGGAUUAUUCCGUUUACCUGAUCACAAUAUAGGGCUCAUGACAGGUGUAACAGGGGAUCUUAAAUCCUCAUAGACACCUUGUUUCACUUCCGGUGUUUACCUUACUCUCAAUUUUGUAUUUCUUUUUUGAACAACGGAUUAUUUCGUUUACCUGAUCAAGAUAAAGGGCUCACAGAAGGUGUGGAAUGUCAUGAGAGAAUGAGUACUCCUCUUACCUGAUACAACUUACGGUAUUUGCCUUACUCUCAGAUUUAUUUUCCUAUCUAUGCAAACUUCCGAAAGAGUUUGUUUGAACGCAACUCAAACUCUUCCGUGCAGACAUUGUAAGAUAGAGAAUUCCCAUGAACUACAUUAUACUUUUCAUAAAGAUGGAGAUGGGGUCAUAAGAAAGAAAUGACAGCUGAAAAUCAUACUUUAAACAUAGCCAGUUGGUAGUAGGCUCACAAUGUCUCUUGUCUCUACAAAGGCAAGAAGUACAGCGACUUGAAUUCAUCAUAAAUUCUCAAUCUCUGUUUCGCACGUGUUGCAUUGGCAGAUCUAGAGGGGUUACGGAGGUCGCACCCCCUUUGAUUUUGAGGGGAAAAAAUAAAAGAGAUAUCGAGAUCAGAGUAUAGUAUUGAUUAUCUAACAAAAAGAUUGAUUCAAAUACAUCCGAGAAGAAUCAAUGUUGAACUCUUUAAAGGGACUGAUUCACGAUUUUUGAUCAAAAAAUAUUUUUCAUUUUCGAUAUUAAACAGUAAAAAUAUAACUCAUUUAAUGUUGACAGCCAAAAUUUUGACCUUCUGAAUGCAAGCAAUAUUUUAGCCUUAAAUCUGCGUUAUGUAAACAAAGACUCGAGUCUAAACAAACAAAUGAAAUAUUGAUUUUGUAAUAUAAAGCAUCUCAAUUUUGCAUAGUCUCAAAUUUUAACUUUUAGAUGACAUAUUUUACCCCAAAUAUGCUUGAAAUGUGAAAGAUAUGAUAAACUUAGAUCGAUAUCCAUUUCUUUUGAAAUUUUGUAAACAAUAACAUACCGUAAUCUUUCUUUACAAAACAAAUAAUAAACUCUCUAAAAUGAGCUUUUGUGAUAAUGUAUAACCAUAAUUUUUAUGUGAAUGCUUUUAAACACAUUAGACAGUAGAUUUUGAUCAUUAAAAGUGAACAAGAAAUUUUUGGGGAAAAUCGUGAAUCAGUCCUUUUAAUGGGAGAGAUCAACUGAUAGAUGUCGGAUAAAAUUUCAAAUAUAUACAGUUAGGUGGAAGGGGGUGUUGGUGUUAAAAUUGGUAAAGAUUUGACAUCAGAUAUCAAUAUUCAUCAAAUUUAGUUUCAAGGGGGGUGUUGAUAAAAAAUAUAUGAAUAUAGUUCUCAUCCCUUUCAGCAAUAAACGAUGUAAAUUCGUUUGUCAUUUUAAAUUCUUUUUAAAGAGCGUUUUUAAUAUUUUUAUCUAACCUAUAAAACCCCUUACAGACGAUAAAAAGUACCAAAUGAAUAGCAUGAUAUCAAUUUAUUGACCCAAUCCCCCCCCCCCCAACUGGAAAAUUUUCUACACUCGCUUAUGUGUCGUGUCUUAGUCCAUGUGGGUUUUUUUCUUCUUGAAGUGAAAGUAGAAGUUACAUUUCCUUCAAUGCUUUAAUGAAAAUUUCUUUCCUUUUUUUCUAAAACUCCAAUUUCGCACCUUGCAAUUUCUUUUCAUUUGUGAAACUCUAAGCUUUUUAUUAAGUGAAACUUCUGAAGAUAAGUGUGCACAUGCUACGCAAAGUAAUUAGGCCGCGUUGUAAUCGCGCGCGGAUUUACAUUAUCCCAAAACGGUACAUGUACAUGUUAUACAGAGGACCUCGGUCUUUUAAUUGGCGACAGAACUUCAUCUCUAUUAUGAGUUCUGUCGAAGAUUAUGCCAAACGAUGGGCUAAAUAUGAAAAAGAACUUGAUACAUUGUCAGAAUGCGGAGUGCGGAGACCCAGAGAACUAUGGGUAGUAUGGGAUCUAUGUGUCUGAUCACUGUCCUUUUUUCACUUUGUCAUUUCUUUGGCUAAUAUAAAAUUCCAGUGUUGUAACUCAAAUUAAUUUAAUUGAUGAAGUGUAAUAGUAUUUGAAAUAUUUGAAGUUUGUUUGCCCCCGAGAUUGACGGUAGAAUCUAUAUUGAUUUUGUGUACAGACACAUCGACACAUUUUCUCUCAUUAAUAUUAUGUACAUCAUCGAACAUAUUUUAAAAAUUUAAACAUUAAUGCCAUUUGACAUUUUUAUUGUUCUCGGAACUUCAGUUUCAUGAGGAUGAUAUUUUUUAAUAUGAAAUUGUAAUUUAAACAAAACAAAAUUAAACAUCAUUAUUAAAUCGUUAGGAGGACUUUAUUCAGCGAUUGAUUUCAUGACACAUGACCUCAUACUUCCCUUAUUAAUUCGUAUUCAACAUUUUUUGCACUACUUUCAAAUGUAGAUUAGGCGACUAAAUAGGGCGGUCCUUCGGAUGAGACCGCAUAAACCGAGGUCCCGUGUCACAGCAGGUGUGGCACGAUAAAGAUCCCUUCCUGCUCAAAGGCUCCGAACAUAGGCCGAUAUUUUACAGCCCUUCGCCGGCAAUGGUGACGUCUCCAUAUGAGUGAAAUAUUCUCGAGAGGGACGUUAAACAAUAUUCAAUCAAUCAAAUGUAGAUUACUGUUGCUAGGUAGCCCUUUGCCAUUUUUCAUUAUCUGACCAAUGGAAACUGGUAGUGAAGAAAUCAUCAAGCAAAUACGGUUCAAGAGCCAUAAAAACACUAGGUGCACAAUUGUGGAAUAAACUGUCAUUGGAACUUCUGAGAACUUGAAGCACAUGGGGCAUUCUGCAAGAACCUAAAAACACUCUUGUUCAAGCGUGAAUAUGCCCUGUAAAUGUAAAAUUCGGUGCAAUAUCAAGGAUCCCAUGUACAAUCUCUUGCAAACUGCAUUUUGAUCCAGUAUACAAAUACCUGUGUGCCAAUUGUAUCUUGUCUAGUCAAAUUCAACCAUUUUGUCAUUUUACUAUGCCAUAUUUUAUUUAGAUUCUUUUUAUUGUUUUAUUAUUUCCUUUAUAGGUCUUUUACUGGUAUAUUAUCAUUGAUCAUUAGCAUAAACAUUGUACAGGGCAUAUAAACUAUAUGUACAUGUAAUUUUGCGCUUUAUAAAUGAAUAAAAUAAUAAUAUACAAUGCCUUUCUCUAGUGAUUUCUUCCUUGGGCGUG